UGGAAUAGCAAUAGCCGACCGGUCCCAACCAAAAGUAAUCAGACAGUAUUUGUGUGUGUGUUAUUCGUGAUGAUUUCGUGAACAAAAUAUUUGGUCAUUUUUUUCUUUUUUACCAACAUUUUUAUUUGGAGUUUCUUGGGAGUGGGGCGGUGGGAUUUUAAUUGUCAAACAUGAGUUCCUUUAAAACGUACGUCGAUAUAACCGAACACGGGAGCGAGGAUUACGAGUGGGUCAUCAGUGAUGAAGAUCAUCCAAAGUUGGAGCCUCGACUAUUGCCAGGUGAGGUGGUGGUGGCCUCAGCCAGCAAUGUCCUGAAAUUUGCCUCGGUCAGUAACAGGAAGCAUGGCAUAUCAGGCUGCCUGUAUGUCACCAACUUCAAAAUCGCCUUUGUAUCAACCACAUCAAACUAUGCAGGAAACCCAAAGGAUGAAAGGAACAAACUUUUGAGCCAAAAUGAAGUUUGUCUGGCCAACAUUGACCAAAUCUACCAGGUCAAUGGAGAGCGCCGUAAAAAACUCUUGCCUGGAACAAGCAUUAUAACAAAUGUCAAGACAAUUCAGCUUGUUUGUAAAGAUUUUAGUGUACAUAGUUACAGUUUCAAAUUCUGUCCGGUGGGGUUCCACAAGACGGUCAUCAAUGCCAUUUUACAUCACAGUUUUCCUAAAAGGAUCGAACUCCUUUUCUGCUUCGAGUGCACGUUACCACCGACCCAAACUGUUCACGAGAUGCAAUUCUUCACCAGCGGACACGACUGGGAGAGCGAAGUGGAGAGGUGCCACUGCAACGAAGGAUGGCGAGUCUGCAGCGCCAACGACAAUUACCAACUCAGCGCCAGUUUACCGCAGGCAUUCGUCGUCCCCCGAUCCCUGUCGGACAAUCAAAUCCUCAAAGCCUCGAAGCAUUUCAUGGGCAAUCGCCCGCCCGUCUGGUGUUGGGGACACAUCAACAAAUGCGUCAUUGUCCGCAUGGCCGUCCUCCAUCCAUUCAUCACCGACACGCAACAGGAGAGCAUUAUGUUGGAACACGUCAGGAAAUCGCAUCCCAAUUUGCGGGAACCUUUGAUCCUGGAACUGGACAAAUCGAUGCCAACCUUGGCAGAGAUCCACGCCAGUUGGUGCAAACUCCGCGAUUCGUCCUGUUGCCCCUUGGACAACAUUCAAAAAUUUUGGGAGAACGACAGCCGCUCCCUUUCGCUCAUCAACGGAUCCCGUUGGCCUCACCACGUCAUGAUUUGCCUCCGCAUGGCCAAUCGGGUGGUGGAGGCCGUCAGCCAGCACCAAGUCUCGGUCGUCCUCCAGGAGUCGGAGAGUCGAGAUUUGAGCGCGGUGAUCUCGUCCUUGGCCCAGUUGAUUAUGGAUCCGCACUUCCGCACCAUCAACGGGUUCCAGAGCCUCGUCCAAAAGGAGUGGGUCACGCUCGGUCACGCGUUCACCAAACGGUUCGGCCGCAUCAGCGAGUACGAGAGCCAGCAGUCGCCGCUGUUCCAGCUGUUCCUCGACUGCGUCUGGCAGAUGCAGCACCAAUUCCCCAUGUCGUUUGAAUUCAGCGAAACUUAUCUGACGUCCCUGUGGGACUCGCUGCACAACACGGUCUUUGACACUUUCUCCUUCGACAGCGACCGCAUCCGCCAGCUGAUGACCCAGCCACAGCCGCAAGAAGGAGGAGGAGAUGGAUGUCCAGUCGCUUUGAUUUCACGGUCCGUCUGGGACUGGUCGUCUCAGUUCCACGAUGUCGACAUUGGCCUCUUUCUCAAUCCGCUUUUCAGCAUCACCUGUCGAGUCGCAGCUUAUCGACAGCGCAAAGGAAUUCCGGCGGCCAAUUACCACAACGUCAACAACCUGGUCCCGCGCUGGAUCCCCGGAUUGGCCUCGCACAACGACGGUGGUGGCGGAGGCGGCACUCGACCCAGACGCAACAGCAUUUCCGGAAGCAUUUCCGCUCUGAGAGCCACCGAGUACGGGGCGGCCGAGAACAAGAAGACGGACACGCUGGGCCGCAGUUGGGGCAGCCGAUUCGGUUUGGCCGCCUUACCCGAACACCACGGCGGCAAUUCCGUGGGAACUCUGAGUCGGGCCGGCGGCGGUGGUAACAGCGAAGGCGGAGGAAGCGGAAGUAGCCGCUGGAAGCGAAUCCGCGGGGCUCUUUUCCACAGUCACGGCCGCUCGUUCUCUCCUCACCAACAGCAGAUCUCAUCCAUCGAGGAAGGGAUGGAAAUGCCGCUCAUGUCCAGCAGUCACCACGAUUCGUCGGCCGUCACUUACAGAGCGUCCAGGGGCAUCGUCGACCUGGGAAAUCAUCCGCAAACUCAGCAGAGGUGGACAGUCUACGGAGCGGCCGUUUACGAUCCGAUUCCCAGUUACCCCAUCAAACUGGAACCCAACAGUAAACCGUUGAAACUGGACCUGGGCAAGGAGUGGGAGGAAUUCAAGCCGGGCAAGGAUCCAGGGCCUGACGGAGGAGACAUUCCCUACCACGAACUGGAUUGGCCCGUUUAUUCGAUGCUCCCGGUGGCCGAUUCCUUCGUCGACUUCCGUCUGUGGAGUCAGUGCUACUUGCGGUGGAUUCCGGUUCUCGACGUCCGCGGUGGUGGACAUCCGCCCGUCUAUUUCCAUCACUGCGCCUUGGUCAACGACAUUCUCAGUCUAGAAUCGCAGCUGGACAAAUUGCACCAGUGCCAGUUGCAGCACGACUUGAGUAACAAUGGCGAGGCGGACAUUUCUUCGUCGCCCAGUCAACGUUUCGUCACCAUGAGCGACCAUUCACCGGGCCAACCUGGAAGUCAGGUGACGUUGAGCAGCUUCCACCCGUUCGUCCAGCAACAAAACGAUUCUGCCUUGUCAUUCGGCGAGUGGGAAAUUGUUCCUUCGCCCGUCAUUUCCGGUUCCACACUCCGUUCUACUGGAAGUCGGGCCGUCGAAGCUGAAUUCGAUUCCGACUCUUUUGUCACCGAUUGAGAUUUGAACAUCAGUUAUUAUCAUUGCCUUUAGAAUUUUCCUCUCGAUUCAUUUCACGUUGUCCAGUUCGUUUGACGGCCGAAUAUUGUGUCAUUCACACAGAAAGAUGAGACGGUGCCUCUCCAAUUUUCCUACACUUAAAAGUACAUAAUAUGAAUUCGACCAUCGUAGGCUCUUAUUUUCUAAUCGCCUUCUAAAAAUAUAAUUCUGUUUUGCAUUACUGCUAUAUAACUGCAUAAAAAUUGAAUCAUUUAUUCAAAUCAUCGUAUUAUUAUCAUUGUCGAUCCGUGUUCUUUUACCUAUCCGUUUUUUUUAAGGAUUUUAAUAAUAUUAUUAUACUAUUUCGCC